CCGGCGUUCUUCCGCUGCCCUCGCCUUCAUCCAGUAGCCACUGACAGAAGCGAGUCACCGCCGUCACGCCCACAGUCCCAGCAAAUCUCGGAUCUCAUUGUUCUACUCAUCCAACUGUCAAAGCAAAGGCAUUGAGUGACAGAACAGACAAUCCCGAGCAAAACCCAACCAAGAACGGCCAGAAAACACUUCACACGCGCCUCCACGCACCGCCUGAAGUUUCUGCCUCACGAGCACGCGCCGCCACGCGCCGUCACUCUCACUCACGCGCCCCCACGCGCCAGACCAGCCGUUCUCCACGCGCCACACGCGCCAGCUCCGUUUCGCGAACUGCCACGUCAGCCCUAGUGUGACGUCACCCUGCCACGUCAGCACACGUCAGCCGUUGACUGGACCAGACUUGACCGUUGACUUUGACCGUUGACCGUUGACCAAGUCAAAAUUUUUUAACAGGACCUGUCUUGCUCAGUUUUUCGCGUAGAUUCUGAUUUUGGACUCCAUUUCUGCAUUUGAGGUAUCUAAAUAUCACUUUUUGGUCAUUUUCUUCAUUAUGGCUCAACAAAGUGAACGAGAUCAAGACCAAGGCUGAUGGAUCUGUUGAACGAUACAAGGCUCGCCUAGUUGCCAAGGGCUUUACUCAGGAGUAUGGUAUUGACUAUGAGGAAACAUUUGCUCCUGUUGCUCGUCUUACAUCUGUUAGAUGUCUCAUUGCUGUGGCUGCUGUUCGCCAUUGGCCUCUUUAUCAAAUGGAUGUGAAGAAUGCUUUCCUCAAUGGAGACCUCCAUGAAGAAGUGUACAUGCAACCACCCCCUGGCUAUCCACACUCAGGCAAUCAAGUUUGCCGCCUUCGCCGUGCUCUUUAUGGCCUUAAGCAGGCUCCUCGAGCUUGGUUUGAAAAGUUUAGCUCAGUUGUUGCUCAGCAGGGUUUCACUUCAAGUCCUCAUGACACUGCUCUCUUUGUUCGAAGAUCCUCUACUGGUAUCACUCUUAUUCUUCUUUAUGUUGAUGAUAUGAUUAUUACUGGAGAUGAUUCUGCAGGUAUCCGUUCUCUUCAGAACUUCCUUAGUCAGCAUUUUGAGAUGAAAGAUUUGGGCACUCUCAGCUAUUUUCUUGGGCUUGAGGUUACCUCAUCCUCUGAUGGAUACUAUCUUUCCCAGGCUAAAUAUGCUUCUGAUCUUCUCUCUAAAGCCGGUGUCACUGAUAACAAAACUGUUUCCACUCCUUUGGAAUACAAUGCAAAGCUCACACCCUUGGACGGUGAACCUAUAUCCGAUGCUACUCGCUAUCGUCAGUUGGUUGGCAGUUUAAUCUAUCUCACUGUUACUCGUCCAGAUAUUUCACAUGCUGUGGGUAUGGUUAGUAAGUUCAUGGAUGCACCUCGUUCUGUCCACUAUGCUGCUGUUCUUCGGAUUCUCCGAUAUGUCAAAGGCACACUUUAUCAUGGUCUGCAUUACUCCUCUCGAUCUUCUCUCGAGCUUCAUGCCUAUUCAGAUGCUGACUGGGCAGGUGAUCCGACUGAUCGAUGCUCUAUCACAGGUUUCUGUUUCUUGUUAGGUACUUCUCUGGUCUCGUGGCGCAGCAAGAAGCAGGAUGUGGUUUCCCGUUCUAGUACUGAGGCUGAGUAUCGUGCCCUUGCCGACACCACUUGUGAGCUUGUUUGGCUUCGCUGGCUCUUGGCUGACAUGGAUGCUCCACAGCCCACUGCCACUCCUCUUUAUUGUGACAAUCGUAGUGCUAUCUACAUUGCUCAUAAUGAUGUCUUCCAUGAACGCACUAAACAUAUUGAGAUCGACUGCCACAUCACUCGCCAGCAUCUUAAGAAAGGAAAUCUCCAGUUAUUCUCCAUCUCCUCUGCUGACCAGCCUGCUGAUAUCUUUACCAAGACUCACCCGCCUGGUCGUCUUCGAGAUCUUAUAUCCAAACUCCAGUUGGCUUCCUCCUUGCCACCUCGAGUUUGAGGGGGGAUGUUAGUGUAUAGCUUAGACUAGUUUAGCCCAUUGGGCUUAGCCCAGUAUACUGUACUUGUAGUUUACUCCUUUUACUUGUACUGCACACAUAUCUAGCCUAUAUAAGGCUCUCUAUUGUACAUUGUUUCACACACAUCAAUAUACAGACUAUUCAGUCUUUCUCACA